UCCUUUUCUAAAGGACCUGAAUGACUGACAGUAGCAACAAUGUCUUACUUUGGGAAUGAAGUGUCAAGAUGGAACCUGAGACAUAUCAGAAGAAUAGCAGAGGUUCUGGAGCCAGUAACCUCACCUGGCUAUGCUAAGGUGUCAUCUGAGACACCUAUUGGUGGCAUAGAUCAGUGCUUACACAUCCCUGGGAAAGCAGACUCUGCCUACAGUUCUUUUUCUCUGGGCUCCAAUAUUCCAGAAUGUCAUAUUCCCUUGUGCGACAGUGACAUUCUGCCUUUAGAACAGCUUCCAUAUAUGGACUCAGGAUAUGUACGAGGUGUUUUUAGCCCUUGUGCAAUACAUUCUAAUCUUAAACAGAUAUAUCAAGACAAGUCAGUAGAAAUGAGCAUGCACAACACCAUGGACAAUGGCAAGCCAUAUGGAAGCACUUCUGUACCUGGGACGUUAUACCAACCACCGUCACCUGUGGCUGGGCUUCCAUCUCAUCUUCCUCACCCAUCAUCCCCACCAGCUCAAGUUGAUAGCUGUAAAGCUAGCAGAAAUACGGAUCAAAGUCAUUAUGGAAUUUGCUUCAACUACAGUGUUCAAGCAGAGGAAUGCAGUCAAGAUACCAGCAGAGCCCUCCCUCUUGACUCCCCAGGAAAGUGUUAUGAUGAUUUUUGGCUUUCAAGGUGUAAAAAUAAAAGUCCAGUCAUAGAACUAGAAGACAGUGACAUUUGGUAUCCUACCAAUCCAUAUACGACAAAGAAAAAUGAAACCACCGUUUCCAUCAAACCUUGUUUAAAUUUCCAGGACUAUUUAAAAUCUGAUUCUUUGGUCCACACACUUAAUUCAGCCCACAAUUAUAAAAUUCCUGAGGCACUGAACUUUAAGUCCUCUCUUUCGCCACACACCAGUCAUAAUGCUGUUAAUGAUACACAAGAGAACAAACAGUAUCUUCAUGCUUGCAGUGUACACAAAUCACCCGUCUCAGAAGCAGAUCUGCCAUGUACCAUGUCAGUAUCUGGUGAAAAAGAAGGACAGCUUUGUGAUGUUUUCAAAGCUCAGAAGCAUUCAGGUUUGGAUCAGGAGACAUGCGAGAGCGGCAGCCCAAGCUUAAAGUACAUGGACAGUUCUCUUCCAAGUCUGACUGCUCUGGGGAUAAUUAAUACUUAUGAAGACAAGAAUCCCUGUUUCAGCUCUAGAGAUGAAAACAGCAGAAAUGCUGGGAAGCCACUUCUAGAACAGGAAGGUAGAAGGCGGAAGUUGCCAUCUGCAUUCCAAAUCCUUAAUGGAGUUAGAAAAGCAAAGCCAUGUGAAAAUAAUGGCAGCCCUGAACUUCUUACAAAGCCCAAGCAAGAGGAAAUGCUGGACGUUCGUUCUCCAGAACAAUUUUCUAAGAAGGUUGAAAGUCAAUUCCAGGAUGACUCUGCCAGUAGAAAGAUAAACAGAAAAACAACUCCCUUGCUCUACUACCUCUCUGGUGGGAAAAAUACCAACAUUAUGAGUAAUCCAAAUCAGGUUCAGUUACAUGAGGACUUUGAUAUGCAGUCUCCAAGGAGUGAUCAUUCAUCCUCUGCAGAACCAAUAGGAAUACCAAGGGACAGUAACAGCUGUGUGAAUGACAUGGCUGCCAGCCAGAAGACAGGGCUAAUUCUAGGGAGCCCAGCAUCAUCAGUGGAUGAGAAAUUCAAGAAUGACUAUCGAGAAAAACUUAAAGUUGCUCAAAGAAAAGUCCUGAGAGAAACCUCGUUCAAGAGAAAGGAUUUACAGAUGAGCUUGCCCGUCCGGCUGAAGCAGAAGCCUUCCUCAAGGCCUUCCAUUCAGCAUCUCAGGUCUUUAUCAUUAUCUAGUACAAAUGAGGACUCCGGGUUAAUUCCUUCCUCCAAACCACUAGAAAACAUCAAUAAACAGGAAGAACCCCAAAGACCCCAAGCUAGUCUGAUUGGGGGAAGGAAAAGAAUCACCAAAGAACAAAAGAAGACCUCUUAUUCUGAACCUGAGAAGCUGAAUCAACUAGAUGACCAGAGAGAUCAGUACCCAGCAUGGAGAAAGAAAAAUGCAAGGUCCAGGUCUGAUGAAAUCAGUGAACAAGACCCUGUGAUCAUCAGUAAUAAAGGUCUGGAAAAUCAAGGCAGAGCUCUUUCGAAGGUAGAACUGAAGCAGAUACAGCACAUCGCACUUCUUCAGUACAUGGAACGCAAGAUUGGACAACGGCCUGCUACUGCCCAUACCAGUGCCCCGCAAAAGCCCCCUUUGCAAAUGAAGUCUUCAAAUUCAAAGAAACUUCCAGAGGACAGCAUUUCUAACCCCAGCAGCAGCAAAAAAUCACAGAAUAUUGAUAGUUCCUGUCCAUUUUCUGAUCUUGGGAGAAAUCUUGAAGUGCCUGCUCUCCUCUCUUCUGCAACUUCAAUAUCUCCUGCCUCUGAUAGGGGUAGUGCCAGUUCUUCUGUGCCUGAAAAGGUUAAUUGGAAAAUGCAGUCUGCUGUCAGUGAAGGAAGCUGUGUCAUCAGACGUACCGCAACUAAAAGUCUCCUUUCCUCAGGUGCUUCUGUCUCCAGCAAAGGCCAUGGAAGAUCAAAAUCAACGCCUUCUCCUAUGCAGGAUUUCUAUAAGUCUACAGCCUGCCCAGUGUUGUCAUCUCAGGACCACAAAUAUUAUCCCUUCCAGUCCAGUGCCCCAUCAGAGGAGGAACUAGAAGCUGACCAAUCAGACUGUUUCUGGACUACAAAACAAAAUACGUACAAAGCUGGAAGGAGAGGGAAGUCUAUGGAGGAAACUGGAAGCUCAGAAAUGGUCAGAUUAUCACCACUGAGUCAAAGUACGGAUCAGCUUCACCAUCUGAAAAACCAGCAGAUUUCCUCUGGGCGGAAGCCAGACAAAAACACCCAAAGGCCAAAUAAUCAAAACAGCAUUCUGCAAAACUGCGAACCUACAUCUGGACCUCUGCCCAGACCAUCACACUCUGAAGGUGUUGCAGGUCCAAAGGGAUUAAAUUCAAUGGUUCAGGUGCUUCAACAGUCUCCUAGUACAAAUAAACACAGUAAUAACACUUUCGUGAGUCUAGGCAAUCCAUCCCUGUGCAGUGUACCCUCACUUUCUGUGGGUAGGUCACAGUCUCAGAGUAUACCUUUGGAGCCUCUGCAUUCUUCACCAGCUCCUUCUCCUGCUGAGACAGACAAUGAUGUUUUUAAGGACUCUUUUUCCAGUGGCUCAGAAAAGCCCUCAAGCCUUCCCUUCCCCUAUAAACAAAAUAAGAAUUCCGUUCUGGACAGAACACCAUCAGAACCUGCCUUGACUGUAUCAGCUUUACAGGCUUCCAUAGAAGGAAAACAAAUCAAGGAAUAUAAUACCAGCUUUUAUGUUCCCAAGAAAGAAGAAUCUGGUCUUGGAAACAGAAAUGGAAAUAGUGAAGAAAAUAUUUCUGCUGAGAAUUCUCAUUGUUCAGAGAUGGCUCCUGGAUUUUCUGCUUUCAUCCUCAAAGAAAUGAUUAACAAAGAUUAUCAACUGCCAAAAGAAAGAAGUAAUCAAUCUCAAAUGUCUAAUGCAUCAGGGAGAAUACAGUGGCAACAGUUACAGGUGACCCACAGAAGAGCAGGAUAUUGCUUGGAGGACAUGACAUACUGUACAACUAUAUCGGAUAGCCUAGGAGAUAAAAAUACUGGUCAUCCAUCAGCAAAGGGGGAACAAAAUGAACAUGAUCAUGUCUUACAUGAGCAAGACACUGAAUUGUCAACAGCACAGUUAAAAUUUCGAGAGCACCAGAGGUGUGAAGACCUUGCUGUUAAGAUUGUUGCUGAAGACAAGUCUCUGGUUGACAUCCUCAGGCCCCAUCCUAUUAGGAAGACUGUUUUAGACCUCAUGGAAGGCCUAUUUCCUGUGAACAUUUCAAUAUCUGACAGAUCCUGGAGAAUAAAGAGAAGAAACCAGUCUAUUCAACAAAAUGACCAAAUACACAGUGAUAGUGCCUCAGACCUAUCUCAUGAAACUGGGCAUUUUCUUGAACAGAGAGCAGACGAUCCCACAUCACGUAUAGGCCAAAUCCUGAGUGGCAGCAGAGAGUGCCUUGAGGACCCAGAAAACAUCAUAUCCAAGAAAAAAGAACUUAUUUCCAGCAUCCAGCUGAAGCUGCAGGCUCUGUGGGAUGAGAAGGAGCUUAUCCAGUCUGAAGCCAAGGAGCAUGCUGCUCAGGGCAAGGAGCUGGAGUCCCUGGUGCAAGAUCUCUGCAAGGCCAAUGAAUAUGAGCGCUAUAUGAUGUACAUUGGAGAUCUGGAGAAGGUCGUAAGCCUGCUGCUCUGCCUGUCUUGCCGUCUUGCUCGGGUCCAGAAUGCCAUGGAGAAAACUGACGAAAAUACAGAUGCUGAAGAAAAGCAAUCACUGAAUGAGCGGCACAGCCUCUUGUCCAGACAGCGGGAGGAUGCAAAGGACCUGAAAGAAAACUUAGAUCGCAGAGAAAGGGUGGUGUCGGGCAUCCUUUCCAAAUACUUGACUGAGCGUCAACUCCAGGACUACAGGCACUUUGUACAGGCAAAGACAUUGCUCUUGAUUGAACAGAAGGACCUUGAGGAGCAGAUUAAGUUUCUUGAAGAGCAGCUGGAGAGGCUGGAGGAGAGUAUUCCUCCUUAAUGCCCAUUAGCGAGCCACUUGCUUUCCUGAAUGAACCGUUUGUGCCAGAAAUCCCUCUGCGUCCACAGAACCAUUGCUAAGAAGCAAACAAGGCCUUGUUUGAUUACUUCUCCAUGAUUUUCCUGUGCAGCAUUCUUGACAAGGGUUUUAUUGGCUUAGGCACGCAUUGUAUGAGGAAAAACAACAAAACCUUAAUCAUAGGUAGCAGAUUUUAAUCUGAAAUUACCAUUGCAAUCUGUGUUGCUGUGUUGUUUUUACUUUCUUGCCAGUCGACAUCGUCCCAGUUUUUAAAAAUCAUAAAAAUACUUUUCUCUUUGUGGGUGGAAAGAGUUUUUUUUCAUAUGAGAAACAAUGUGGGCAUUUGAAUGUGAGUUAAACAGAAGAACAAAAACUUCGUGGCACAGCUCUGCAGGCCAUUUAGGAAACUCCCAUUCCAGUUUAGUGCUACAGGUAGCUAAUAAUAGAGCUGUCUACAUGACAUGGCCGUUUCUUCUGCGCCAGGAUGUUCAUCAGAUAAUUUCAUGGGGCUAGAAGGACCUGUCCUUCUUUUCCUUCAUUUC